AUUUAAUUGUUUUUUCUUUUGUAUAAAAGUGAAUAUUAAUUUACCAAAAGUUGGAAAAUGUUUGCGAAAACUGUUUUGUGGUUGCAUUCGUGGAGCUAGUGAUAGUUAUUCGCUCCAAAUUAUAAGGCUUCUGUGUAUUUAGUUUCCUGUGUUAUUUUAACUUCCCGUGUUAUUUUAAAAAUAAAUUUUUAAAAAAUUAGUGCCUAUUUUGAUAUAGAAAGUGAAUAAGUUUAGAAAAUAUGUGAGAAAUGUGUUAAGUGACCGUAUUGUUGAAAAUGCUGAUGUGUGUUAAAAACCGUAGUGUUGUGAAUUAAGCUUAACGGAUUACAUAGAAAGCCGUUGUAACUGAUUAUUGGAAUAUGAAGGAAAAUCAAACGAAUAGAUGACAUUGGAAGGAAACUACGAAACCCAACAUAGUCCAGACAAUUACAACGACAAAUUGUAGAAAAAAUAAGCAAAAACGAAAAAUCGUGGCUUUCUCACAUACACACACCCACGCAACAAACACACAACAGCUUAAUUACGGAAAUUGUUUUAAUAAAAAAACAAAGAAACAAAGAAUCAUAAAAAAGUGAAAACUGUUCCUGAGUCAUACGUUUUAUUGACUAACAUCAAUCGCAUGGCUAGUGCGGACGAGAUUGUGUGUAAUGGGCACGUAAUAACGUUGCCCACGCUCGAGGUAGUCAAAGCAGUUCCCAUCAUGGCGGCUGGCACAAACAUCGAUUGGUUGCUCCAUCUCUACUACGCGCGGCGUGAUUUUAUACGCUGUCGCCUAAUAAUCGAACGCGAGCUGCACAGGAGCCUCAAUCCGGAAUACAUGUAUUUUGUGAAGGGCUUAAUUGACCGUGAAGAGGGUAACAACAUCGAAGCAUUGCGAAAUUUACAAAAGGCGCUCGACUUAAAUUCCAAGAAUAUUGAGACCUACAAGGAGAUCGGCAAAACACUCUUCAUUAUGGGUCGUUUCAAUCAGGCGUUGGAUAUUUUUCGCGAAGCUGAAGAGCUCGCCCCACGUCAGGACCAUGAAAUUUGUCAUUUCAUCGGUGAAUUGUUGCAUCGCUCAGCGGCGGCUGCCAAUCAAUUGGCAAUAGCACGUCAGGAGGAGGCCGAGGCGAAAAUGUACUUUGAAAAGGCCGUGCAGGCCGGCAAAAAGCUGGAGAGUUUCCAACGGCUCGCCGAAAUACUGCGCAAAGAAAAGGACUAUGCCAGGGCCAUUGAGGUGCUCGAGAACUGUUUGCUCUUAUCACCCGAAAAUAUUGAAGUGCUCACCGAGAUCGGUGUGCUUUAUUUGAAAAUCAACGACAGCCAAAAAGCUUUCGCUCGCCUAUCUGAAGUUAUCGCUUUGGACAGGAAGUGUCCGAAAGGAUUGUUGGCUUAUGGCGCCAUUUUGCAGUCUCGAAACGAUGUCGACGGCGCCUUGGAAAAAUAUCAAGAAAUCGCUUUGACAGAACCGGACAUACCAGAAUUGUGGAAUAACAUUGGAUUGUGUUUUUUCAAAAUGAAGAAACAAAAAGUGAUUGCGGCGAUUUCUUCACUGCGCAAGUCCAUCUGGCUUUCACCGCUUAAUUACAAUGCUCUUUAUAAUUUGAGUUUAGUUUACAUAACUGCACAACAAUACGCGAGUGCCUUUCACACACUCGCCGCGGCCAUCAACUUGCGCAAGGACAGCGCUGAAUGCUACAUGCUACUCGGAAUCUGUUUACGUAAGUUGGAGGAUACCGAGAAUGCGUUCAAGGCAUUUCAGCGGUCGAGUGAAAUACAACAACAACAACCAGCGGAUGCCGGACGUAAUCCACUUGUGCAUUUGAACUUUGCGCUCUUUUGUUACGAGACCGGACGCGUUGCGCUUGCCACGGAACAAUUUACACGCUUCGUUAGCUCCUCGCAGGAUCUCCUCCUACCGACCGAAUAUAAAUUCCAAGCGACCAAACUGAAAUCGCUUCUGAAAAUUCCAACAAGUAACAUUUUGACAUCAACACCAACGGGAGCUGCGAGUGAUGCCAUUGAUGCAACCGACGGCCAACAUAUUGACACCGGCAACAACAGCAGCGGUGGCGACGGUAUGAGCAACAAUAGCACAGAUGACAUCUAUGGAAUUUAUGGUGUGAAACGUCAAGCAGCCGGCAAUAAGCAGGAAUUGCGCAACACCAAGGCCAGAGCACUGGCAACUGCUGCUCACGCGGCUGCGCCCACUACGUCAUCCGCAGAAAUGCCGCUUGAGGUGAACGCUGUGGUCAAUGCCUGACACGAGCAUGAGUGACGCGUUGGCCGCAGCGAACAUUUACCACAACAAUCCCCAAACAAAGUAUAUCCUAGCACUAGUAACCUCAUUCAUAGCAACAGCAAUAGCACGAACGUCGGCGACAGUGAGCAGCUUGAGGGGAAUACUCGAAGCAAUUGUACUGAGGAUGAUGGACGGACAGACAAUGCGGUGGCACGUUGUGACGAAAAUAAAACGACCAGUGGAAGCAAAAUUUUGUCUCAUAGCAAUAGCGAUGACAGUGUGGAAAGCUGGUACCGGCAUUGUGGCUGUUUGCCGCGCACAACUUGGUCAACAUGAGUUGGACGACUUCGGUGGAUAUGCGAUACUUCUAGAAAUGCGGCAAAAUACAUAAAAUAAAGAUUAGACAAAAAGUAGAAAUGUCAUAAAUAUUGUACGUACACAAGUGGUCAGAUAAAAGUUGGCAACUCUACAAACAUCGUAGCUAUUGUAAAGUCAUCCGAAGCGCAUUACGGUAAUCGAUUUCAGUGGUAACACGGAUAAGUUUUAGUGGUUGUCAAAUUCAAUUUGAAAACUGGCUUAAAAUUCCAACUUUCGGUUAAAAAAUCGUUUAAAACAUUAAUUGGCUUAAUCUUCUCAAACAGCAGUAUUAACUGCUCGGAUCAACAGCUAAUUGUUAUAAAUAUAUAUUUUCAACCGAUUGGAUCAUAUUUUGGUAAACAUCUAUACAAAUUUCUUUGUUAAUCCACGAUUCAUAUGAUGAGGUUAAUAAAGAUAUGUAUAAACACCACAUAA